AUGGACAGACGUACGUAUCAAUGGGCUUUUGCUAUCUUGUGCGGUUUUUCAUGUGUUUUUCCUAUAUUAUAUCUAUCUCACAACUCCAUUCUCAGUCAAGUUAAUGUGAAGAUGAAGUUAAAUAGGGUAUUCAAUCCAUUUCAAAACGACGCCGUCCAGACUACAACAACCAAUAUUGACGACAAGUUUACCACCACAUCCACGCCACUCAUAUCAAGAAGUACAGUGUACCAUAGGGAGCACAGCGAGAUAUUGACAACAGAACGAGUACCCAGAAUCAUGAUGAAUCACAGAAACCACAGCGAGUCCUCGACAGCAGAACGAAUUCUCAGAAAUACGACUCCUGGUUGGACGGAAAUACAGAAAAGAAGAAAAGAACAUGUUGCCAUGAUAUGCCAACAAUAUCCAGAACUGAGUGCUGAAAGAGUCAAGUAUAACAAUCUUCUUGUCGACGAUAACUACAGCAUUUUCUACUGUCCAACAGCAAAGGUUGCUAGUACCAACUGGCGAAAGGUUUUACUUGUGUUGCGGGGAACUUUCACAAACGUAUCAGAGAUACUUAGCAACCGUGUGGUGUAUCAGUCGAAUCACCCAAAUUUGGGUAGUUACACCAAAACAGAAAUAGAAAUACGCAUGCGCACAUACACCAAGUUCAUGUUUUCAAGACACCCUAUACAUAAGUUACUAUCUGCAUACCUUGAUAAACUCGGUGAUUCCCCGCAAUGGGUGUUUCUGAAAAAAAUACGCCCAUGGAUGACUGAGGUGGACAAAAUAAGUUUCAGUGAUUUUGUUAACUAUAUAUUGAAAACUGAUUCAAACCAAUUAAAUAAGCACUGGGGAUUGAUUAAAAAUAAAUGUAAUCCGUGCAAUAUCGACUUCGACAUUCUUGGGAAAUUCGAAACACUGAGUGAAGACAGUAAAGGCAUACUAAAUGCCAUCAGCGCAAGUGAAAUUGUUGAUUUCCCUUCAUACGCCACGCAUAGAACGAGCAGUGCAUCGCUUGAUGUAUUGGCGAAGUACUAUAGCCAACUUUCGAAGCAGCAAACUGAAAGACUGUAUUCAAAAUAUGAAACUGAUUUUCGUUUAUUCGAUUACAACGCUGUCGAGUUUUUUUAA